AUGCCUUUCACUAGCCGGACUAUGGCCUUCUUUGGCCUCUUAGCCUUCAUGGCUAAUAUACAUAUUGCCUCAGCCUUAGAUAUGGCUUAUUGCGCAACUAUCAAUACCGCUACAACAAAUGCCAAUUCGAGUACAUUUCAGUCCGAUGGACUAUGUUACAACUUUUGCGUGGAUAGCUUUGCGUAUGCUGUUGUUCAGGCCAGCGAUUGUUGGUGUACUAAUUACACACCCGAUGACUCGACUACAGAAGAUACCACCAAAUGCAGUUCAAGUUGUCCCGGAUACCCGUCUGAUACCUGCGGCGGUGAUGGACUAUAUGGGUACAUGUCCUUAAGUAAAUCACCUUCGGGCACGAAAGGUAGCGGCACCAGCUCUACGACUACAAAAGACCAAGUUACGGAGACCGUACAUAAUACGGUCACUGUCACUCCUACAGCUUCUUCUCCUUCCUCUUCUUCAACAGUUCAAUCGACGACGACUGUUUCUGUUUCAUCAGGGACUACUGCAACAACGGCGACUACCCCGACUGUAUCCGUCCAUACAGUUACUGCAGGGGGUACCGUCAGUCUUCAGACGGUUACUGUAGCUCCUACAUCGACAACUGGGGCCGAUACAGCAGCCAGCGACUCGAGUGGAGCGAGUACCAGUCAACACGGGCUUUCGACAGGCGCCGCGGUUGGCGUUGCGAUUGGCGUAUUAGCUAUCGUGGCCAUUGCCGUAGCAGUCGGCGUUUUCUUAUAUCUCCGCCGUAGGAGACGAGGACAAGGGGAUGCUAUCUCAGAUUCACCAGGAAGUCAUCGGGGAAGCUCGGCCGGAAUGAUGAGUACACCAACCACAGCGAUGGCAUCAGUAUGGGAUGGCGAUAAUACCUCGUCGGGUCGGAGGAAUAGUCGAUACAUGCCCCACGACCCUCGUAUGGACCCAUACGCUGCCAAUAUCUAUAGUCGUUUCGAGAACAAGAGUCACGAGAGUAUCAACACAUUACAGGACAACCACGACUACUCGCGAAAAGUACUUCGAACUACGAACCCAGACCCAGUUGACCAGGAGUGA